AUGAAGUUCUUUGUGCUUCUCGCAAUCUUGUUGGGGGGUUUUCGGCGUCUGCACACUGGGGUUCAGAAACAGGAACAAAAGAAGCUCGAUCGCUUCUUUGAGUGUCUUGAUUCCAUGGAGAUUGCUGACGCUGACGGAAACAAUCGACUCUCCGAGAUCGAAGCACAUCUCUUCAUUGGUAAAUACAGCGUAGAGCUUUAUGGUGAAUCCAUCCUUGUAGGUGAUACGCUCCCGGCAACCAUGGCAUCACUGUACAGUGAUCUGGUCUUCUGA